CGCGAAGACGUGCUAUAAAGAGCGCGACAGGACGUAGUAGAUCGUCCUCCUGAAGCAUCUAUAUCUGUCUUGACAUGUCUUCGACUCAGACCAAGCCUCUCGUCGUUAUUUUCGGUGCCACUGGUGAGACCGGGCAAUCCAUCAUCAACGGUCUCCUGCGCACCAAUGCCUUCCGCGUCGCCGCCGUCACGCGCUCCCUCUUUAAGCCCGCCGUAGCUGAGCUCGCGGCCAAAGGCGUCGCUCUGCACAAGUUCGACCUCCUCGCCGCCGAGCAGGGGCGGCUGGACGAGUCCGCUUGGCAAGCGCGGCUCCAGGACAUCCUCACCGGCGCCGACACCGUUAUUGCGGUCGUCCAUCCGUCGUGCAUAGAGGUGCAGCGGAAGAUCGCCGAUGCAGCGAAGGCGGUGGGCGUCAAGCGCUUCGUGCCGAACGAUUUUGGGACGAGCGCGCCCGCGGGGGUGCAAGGGCUGCAUGACAGGAAACUAGCCAUCCGGGAGUACAUCCGCCAGAUCGGCCUCGGCCACACCUUCAUCGAGGUCGCUUGGUGGAUGCAGUUCGCCGUCAUCUACCCGGUGCACUACACUGGCAUCGACUCGAGCAUGUCACGACACGUCAUUGGCGAGGGCAAGACGCGAUUCGCCGUCACCGACCUCUUCCACAUAGGCGACUAUGUCGCGCACGUCAUCCGGGACGACCGGACGCUGAAUCAGACGGUCUUCAUCUGGGAGGACGAGAUCACGCAGCAGCAGGCCUGGGAGUUGGCGGUGAAGAAGCUUGGCGAAGAUAUCUUGAAGACGAAGAUCGAGCACCCAGAAGCGGACUUCCUGAAGGCUCUUGACGCUGCACGGGCGGCCGGCUCUGAACAAAUCGUCCAACGCUACGUGCACGAAUACUGGUACAGCAUGCAUAUUCGGGGCGACAACGUCGUGGAGAAGGCGAAGGCACUGGGCGCGCUGGACUUCAAGGAGCUGUAUCCUAACGUGCAGACGCCAAGUUUCAAGGAGUUUGUGAAGGGGGUAUACGCGAGUGAGAAUCCGUAUGUGCCGCAUGGAGACGCGUACGAGUGAACGAUAGCAGUUCCCGUUACGAGCCUAACACAGUCGCACGACUUGCUGUACUACAUAGGACGAUGCACGGAGUCUUUUCUUUAGGAUAGAGAUCGUCCAGAAUUUGUACGCGCCAUCAACAUAUACGCUAACUUACCCUGCGCAGGUACUAGUUCCAUGCAGUAAACGUCGUCUUCGUGAGCCU